CAUCUUAUUUAGUUUUUAUUCGAAUGGAAUUUAAAUUAACAUUAUUUUUGUUUUCUUAUAUAAUUCAAAGUAGAAUUUUAUUUAAAUAUUUAAUUGAUCAAUUAAAUAGAUAUAUCAUACGUAUAAAUAUUUAAUUAAAAACCUGCUCGUCUUACAUUUUUAUUACAUAUAAAUUUUUUAUAAUUUCCUCCUUCUGAUUGCAAUAUAUUAAGAAAGUAGUUAUUAAGUUAUUCGUAGAAGUAGUUAACGAAACUUACUAUUUAAUACAAUGUAAUUGCUUUAGGGUUGUCGUACCUUUAAUUUGCACUACAUGUCUUAAAGUGUCGUUCAAGCUGAAGGAAAUUGAAGGAGGUUUCGUUAUUGCCGUGUAUUUCUAUUGCAUGCUGUUAUCUAACGAUGUAAAUCACUAUUUCACAAUAAUGAGCAAUUACGUAUAUAAAUAUAAGUUCUACGUACUGCAUGCAUAAGUUCAUAAGUGUAAAACUUUCUAUUUUUGCGCACUUCAAUUUAUACAGGUACUUUCCUAUUUAAAAAUUUUAUAACGAUUUCUCUAUCACAUAUUUUAAAAUCUUCUUCCUAGGUUUUUGAUUUCUUUUGUACAACUUUAUGAUUGACAAAUUCAUAACGGAAAAAGGAGUAAAAGUAAUUGAAUUUUUUAAUAAUUAUGUCGCUUAAUUUCGCGAGCUUCCAAAUUCAAUUGGCUUUACCGGUCGCCCGAUUUAACAGCAUCCGACUUUUUUCUGUAGAAAUAUCUGUAGGAAUGUGUGUUGAUAAACCUGAAACAAUAUAACAGACAAAGAACAAUAUCCAGGAAGAAAUUCAAGCCCUGAGACCCGAAACAUUAACAGCUGUUAUGCAGAACGUAGUGGAAAGAGCCCACGCUUGCGAUGCAGAAAACGGGGAUCAUUUACGCCACAUUAUUUUCUGUUUCUGAAUUAAAAAUAUUUCCACUUUGUGUAUUUUAUAGCAAAAAAUAAAUAAAUAAAUAAACGCAAUUUAUUAACAAAUAAAAAUGUUAUACAACUUUUAAACGGAAAACAGGACUUACGUACCGCCCUGUACGAUCACUUUCUUUAAAAAUAAAUACUUACUAAAUAUUUACGUAGUACAUUUUGUUAAUUCCCUUCUGAUAAUGAACUUUGUCUACAAUCAUUAUAAAUAUCUUAUAUUCUUGAGAAUUUUUUUUGCAGAUAAUUGCAAACUCAAGACAUCCGUGUUCAAAGCGGAACAACGAGGAACUAGAUCAGAAAAUGAUUAAAUUAGAAAGCGUCGCGAUUCCUUUGCGGCUCCGGUGAAUGCCUUUUUUAUUCCAGCGGAUGCUUUCAUAAUUCCUCCGUUGAUGCUCCUCUAUGAAAAUUAAUUAACAUUAUGUGUAGCAGCAUGACGCUUCUACCGGCGAAUUUAGGCGUGGUGCUUUCAACUUGAAUCGGUUUAUGCAGUCUACUGUUUAUGAUUUCAUAUGCAAGUACGCUCCCGUUUACAAAUAUCGCAACGUCAUAUAGAAUACAGCAAUUUAUAUAAUUAUACAUUUAUAUAAAUAAUUAAUUUAGAUUAGCAAAGGAAUUAUACAAAUAAUUGAGAUAGAUUACCAAAGGAUCAGUCAAUUAUUCUGUAUUAUAUUGUUUGAUUUUACUAUAACAUAGAAGAAUUUUCACAACAUAGUUGUAGAUUAAACUAAUGAAAUUGUUUAUUAUUUAAAAUGCAUAUAUUCCCAUAUGAGAUUCUUGUAAAAUUGUACAACCACGGGCAAUAAGAGUAAAUUUUAUGCUAUACGAGCAAACAGUUUAAUAGAAAAUUUCGUACUAUAAUGGUAAAAUAUUUUUUAACCGAUUCGAACGCAAAAAUACAAAUAUCUCGAAAUGAAGAAUACACGAAUUACUCCAUUUUCAUAAUCAUCGAUACAAAUAUUAUCUUCACUUUACCCUUAUUCCUUUCUCUCUGUUCUAAUUCUUUAUAAAACUAUCUUACAUGAAAAUUCACAUACUACUUAUAACAAAUCGCUAAUGAUUUUAAACUUUUAUCUCAUUUUUCUCAGUGUCCUAAUACCCAUCUAUGAACAGUGUUUACGCAUAAUUCACAGAUGAAAUGAUAGAGAAUGGUCUAAUAUGUGUUUUCGUCUAUCGUAAUUAUCAUCUUUUUCCACCGUAUACUCUAACGAUACAACAAUUACAAUAUUCCUGAAUCGUAAACACACACAUUUGCCGUGCGUUGGCCUAAUGCUACCUUCUCCACACGUUACUCAAUCAAUUUACGGUCUGAAUUAAAAAUCAACGCGCCCAGUGUUUCUUUCAGUCUUCGUUAAGACUCCAGACCGAUCAGUGAUACCGUUUUUGCUUACGAUUAAUUUAUUCGCGUACACGUUUUCCGCGUUAGACUUUCCUGCGUCGAUGUCUAUCGAUGAAAUUAUCGUGAUUCAGUGAUCAAGAACUCUUCAAACAUUCAAGGAUUUGACGAUAAAGAUCGUCGCGACGCGACAAAAAUUCUUGUGCACCUUCAGAAGAACUUGUUGUUUGACUCGUUUGUUCACAGUGCGACUGGUUUAAAUUACGAAACGAAAAUGGUCAAUAAAAAGAUGAUCCCUUUGCCUUAUCCUUUUUCCUUGGAAGAAGAAUUGAAGAAGAAUUCGGAACUAAAGAUGUCGGAUAUCGAAAUGUUGAGAGAGUGGUGUGAUAAACAGCAACAUUUACCUAAACCUUCCAAUUUGCAUCUCAUUUUGUUUCUUCAUAGUAAUUAUUAUAGCAUGGAGGCAGCUAAGAAUACUAUAGAGAAUUUUUUUACUAUUAGAUCUCAUGUUCCUGAGUUUUUUGAUAACAGAGACCCUUUGGGAUCCAAAGAAUUGCGGCAAGCUUUUAAUGUUGUUUUCAGUUCUGAAUUGCCCGGACUCUCGAAGCAUGGUUACAAGAUACUCUUCGGAAGGUUAAUGGAUACUAAUCCAUCGCACUAUUCUUUCGAAGAUAGUAAUAAGAAUAUCUUCAUGGGAUGCGAUUUGAUUGGUUUGAAAAAUGGCACUUGCGAUGGCUAUAUUUUUAUCGCAGAUACAUCUAACGUGACUCUCGGCCACGUAGGGCGGAUAAAUCCUAUGGGGAUGAAAAAGCUAGUGAUGUACGUUCAGGAAGCCAUACCUGUUCGUAUAAAGGGCAUACAUUUUAUUAAUACUCCUUCAGUGAUGGAUGUCAUCCUGAAUAUGGCAAAACCGUUUAUGAAAAAGGAACUUUGGAACAUGAUACACCUGCAUUCGUCGUUAAAAACACUGGAAGAAUACAUCUCUCUCGAUCUCUUACCGAAUGAAAUCGGUGGAAAAGCUGGAUCGCUAGCUGACAUGCAGGAAGCGCGGAUAAAUGAAAUCGACAGUAAACGAGAAUGGUUCCUCGAAGAAAUGAAAUAUGGCAAGGUGGAUGAGUCGUUGCGUAUUGGAAAAAGUAACAUCGCCAAUGAUCUGUUUGGUGUCGAGGGCACAUUCAAAAAGCUCGACAUAGAGAACUCAAAUAUGGCAUCCCAAGGAAUGAAAUAUGAAGAUGAGUUAAAGAAUAAUCAAGACCUGAAAGAGGAAGACAUGCAGAUGUUAAGAGACUGGUACAAGAAACAGCCUCAUCUACCAAAAAUAACAGAUUCCGAAUUGGUGUUAUUUCUACAUAGUAAUUACUAUCGGAUGGAACCCACAAAAACGACUAUUGAUGCAUAUUAUACUGUGAGGAGCCACGUACCCGAAUUCUUUUCCAAUAGAGAUCCUUUAGGGACGAAGGAAUUAAGGAAAUCUUUUCAGACAAUAUCUAUUCAAGUUUUAGAGACGAAAACGCCAGAAGGUUACGCUGUUCUUUACGGAAGACUAAUCGAUACGGAUCCUUCGAAUUAUGUCUAUAACGAUGCAAUGAAAUUUCUGAGCAUGGUGCUUGAUUUGUGGCUUUACAAAGAAGGCACAACUCAGGGGCACAUCAUUUUAUUCGAUAUGAAGAACGUUGUAUUCGGUCACGCUGCUCGAUUGAAUCCGAUGGGUUUGAAGAAGUAUCUUUUUUAUUUGCAAGAGGCAUUGCCAGUUCGCUUGAAAGGGUUCCAUUUUAUGAAUAUUACGAGCGUGAUGGAUGUGAUACUGAAUAUGAUGAAACCGUUCAUGAAGAAGGAAUUAUUAGACAUGCUUCAUACACAUACAACUUUGGAUACAGUAGCGAAAUUUUUACCAGUAGAUAUAUUACCAAACGAGGCAGGUGGAAAGGCUGGUCCAUUAAUGCAACUCCACGAAAAGUCUGUCAAAAUGCUCGAGGAUAAUCGUGACUGGUUUUUGGAAGAAGAACAAACAAGGCGUGUUAAUGAAUCAUUGAGAGCAGGUAAAGGGAAAACAGCGACCGAUCUGUUUGGUGUUGAAGGCACUUUCAAGAAACUCGAUAUUGAUUAAAUGCUCAAUUGUCUAUACAGAUUUAAACAAAUUCGUUAAAGUCCAUCCAUUGAGAUAAUUUAUGAAUAAAUGAGCAUAAAUGUUUUUCCUUCUUUUUUUCUGUUUCUAUCCUACGUAUUGUAAAUUUAUUCUAAAAUAUUUAUUUUAUAAUAAAUAUAUAAAAAUUAUAAUUAA